AUGCCUCUUUUGAGGAGAAAGCCUUUUGCCUUGGCUGAGCCACCUAAGGAUUUGGAGCCAACUGAGACUGUUUAUCAAAUUCGGUUUACGAAAGAAAUAUUUCGAGAUUAUCAUGAAUAUUUGAACCGGAUAAAUCUAUACCGCCAGAGGGUUUGGAUGUGCAAAGUCACUGGAAAAACUUGCUUGACUUAUGAAGGCGCUCUGGUGUCAGAAAAAUAUGCAACUGAGAAAGUUCAACAGUUUCCUAAAGAAUUAAUGGCACCUGCUCUAAGGAUUAUUCAGUACAGUAUGCUCCCUUUGAAGGAUCUUGCUGAUUCUAUUGCUGAAGAAUUGCAGGAGCGGUUGUUUGUGGGUGCUGAAGUUUAUGGGAAAAAGGAUAAUGGAGCACAUCCAUGCAAAAUAUUGAAAGUCUUGCAGGAAGGUGGUAACAAAGUCCGUUACGAGGUAGCUUGGCUUGACAAAAACAAUAAUAUAAUUGAAAGAACAGAAGUCAGCUCUGAAGAUUUGGUACAGAAGAAGCUGCCUUUUAGUAGAAAUAUGUUGAAGUCUUUUAUCCGUGAAUCUACAUAUCGCAAUGCUCCUUGGGUUUUACAUGAUAAAGUGGCAAAAAAUCAUGGAAUCUCAACUGACAUUCCAGAGGAGUUAAGAGGAAGGAUUUUCUUCAACAAUGGACUUUUAGUCUGCAGCAAGAAAAGAAAAAAUGAGGAAUCAAAGGGAGGUACUGAAAACUGUAAAAGGAACAAGUUAGGUGGGGCAAAAUUUGAUAGUUCUGCCCAAGAGAAAGAAAAUGACCAUAACAAGGAGGAACCAAUCAAAUAUCCAAUUGAUGAUCUAUUGGUGAAGCCUGAUCCAGAUGAUCCGGUUUUCACUAAUCGCCCUUCUCCAUCAAGAGACUUCAAUGUUCCAAUUUAUUGUGUAGGGGAUCUCUUAAUGGUUUGGGAUUUUUUCAUGUCUUUUGGUAAACUGUUACGAUUGUGGCCUUACUCUCUUGAAGAUUUUGAAAAUGCAAUCUGCCACAAGGGUAGCAAUGUUGUUCUCCUUGUGGAAUCACAUGCCGUACUCUUUCGGGUGCUCCUGAAAUGUGAUGAUGAAUACUCUUCAACUGUAGAGAAAAGAAAGCGGAAGUCUAAGAUUACAAUGAUUAAUUGGACAGACUAUGUACGUGAUUUUCUAGAUAUGAUCAAUAUUCCUGGCCUACGACACUAUGAAGCAACCAUAAAACGGGGACAUUAUGGUUUUCUAGAUGUCAAUGCUAAAUUAGAAAUCUUUUGUGAAUUGGUCAAUCGAGUCCUUGAAACUGCUAUUCUCAGGGAAAAGUUGGAUGAGUUUGUUGAACAGCGGCGGACACUUGGGGCCUCUAGAAGGGAAGAAGCACUGGAAGCUUCUAGGAAGAGAAAAAAAGAAAAGGAGCAGUUGAAAGCUGAUUCUGAAAGCAAUGGAGGUGUAGGUGGACAUCAUCUAAGUAUCUCAACAAAUAAUAAUCACAGAUUACAGAAUGGUGACAUAGGAAAGAAUAGAAACGGAGAGAUAGAAUCAUCAAGCCAAAAAGAUGCUUUGGAUAGAAGCAGUGUGAUCAACCAUUCAAACCCUGCUUCAAAAAUGACACCUAAGAAGUUUAAUCCAGAGCUGAAAGGACCAGCAGAAAUUGGAAAUAAGGAUCCAUCAGAGAAGAAAAGUAAAGAAAAGAAGAGAGAUUAUUUUGAACGGGAGAUGGAGAAACGAUUUAUUCGCACAAGCCCCUUAGGGAAGGACAGAUAUCAUAAUAGGUAUUGGUGGUUCCACCGCGAUGGGAGGAUAUUUGUUGAAAGUUCUGAUUCCAAGGAGUGGGGAUACUACAGCAGCAAGGAAGAGCUUGAUGCAUUGAUGGGUUCACUGAAUUGCAAGGGUGAGAGGGAAAGGGCACUGCAAAAACAACUGGAAAUUUUUUAUAGUAGAAUAUGCUCAGAAUUCCAGAAAAGAUCAAAGGAUUUGAUACAUAAGAUGGCACUGGAUGACUCUGUGGUCCGGAGGUCUACUCGUGUUCGGGCUCCUCCUAGGGAAAAUCCUGCCAGUGCUUUCCUCAGAUAUAUUAAUAAGUGGAAAGAAGAGUAGCUAAUGCGGUGGUCUGACAUAUGGUAAAGUUCAUCAAAGUGAUUCAACCUGAAACUUUUAAGUUACUUGUUUUUUGAUUCAUUUGGUGGGAUACAUGGGGCGAGGGGGGCAAGGGAAUGAGUUAGUUCAUACUUUGAAGGUAAUAGUCUCGUAGGUUUGGAGAAGAUAGGGAUUAAGUAGUUUUUCAAACUACUUUUUGA